AUGUUAAUUCCUUCUGGAUGGAUUCAUGCAGUUCAUACACCGUCAGAUUCACUUGUUUUAGGAGGGAACUUUUUAACUCAUCUUCAUAUUGAAAUGCAAUUAUCAAUAGCUAAUCUUGAGCGACGUACUAAGGUACCACAAAAAUUUAGAUAUCCGUUUUUUGAAAAACUUCUUUGGUUUUCUACGUUACACUAUUUAUCUAUACCCCUUGAUCAUGCUGAGAAUUUUGAUCAUUAUUUACAUCAUAAGAAAAUUUCAAAUAUAAAUGAGCAAUCAAAAAAUAGAAAAAUACAUGAAAAGGAAUUAGCAGGUUGUGAAAUGCUAGCUAAAUAUUUAUUUAUACAUGCUCAAAUGGCAAAAGGGCUAGCACCAAUUACAGCAAAUGGGGAGAAACUAAAUAUGCCAACACAGAGACAACAUCGUGCUAUAAAACUAGAAUUACCUUUUCAGUUUUUUUCUGGGGAUUUCGUAGAGUUAGCAAAAGCUUUUGGAAGAUGGACCUACUAUAAGAAAAAAUUAAAUUAUUCAGAAUUCCCAAAAUGGUGUUUGCCUGGUCCUCUUGCAUCUUUUGAUUCAUUAUCCAAUAAUAUUUCUAAGCAAAAAAAAGAUAAUAAAAUUGCAUCUAAGAAGAAAAAAAAUACUGUUUGUCAAUCUGGUACUACUUUAAACAUUCAUGAAAAUAAUAAACAAAACAAUGAUUCAAAUUGUGAAGAAAUUUUAAAACAGAAUCCUUCGAAAAUAUUAAAUCAUGAUUCUUCUUUACAUUCAUCAAAACCAACAUAUUUUGUAAAAUUUAAAGAUAACAAAAAGGAAAUUAAAACAGAAGAUACCCUAGCAUCUGAGUUAGUUUCUCCUAAACUCAAAGUAGACGAGCAAAAAAAUAUCUCUCAAUCAAAAUUGGAAUCAUAUAAUAUUUUUUCUGACAAUGCAGUAGAUAAUGCUACUAAACAAGCAAUAAAAGCAGCUAUGUUUGGGUUAAGAGACAAUGAAACGAAGCGGACUGUUUCAGAAAUAACAUUUAUAAACAAUUUUAACUGA